AACGACGCUUUCGUAGCGGAUUCAGUGAGUCACGACGCCGCGUCGAGUGUCGUCGCUUUUAUUUCCGAACGUGCAUCCCCUUCGAAGCCGGCAAGUCAGCUACGAAAUGGUUAUAACGAGACGGUGAAAUUCGAUUUCACCCACGCGACUGAUCACGCGUCCCAGCAGACCGGAAGUCGUUUAUACGACCAGUUCUUCCUAGCGAACUCGGAACGAAAUCGGAUCGUUUCAUCUCUUUUCAAAAGAAUCCAAACGCGAAGUUGAUUAGGGUCUAACGAAGAUGGACGUAAAAGGGCGAGUUGCCCUGGUGACGGGCGCCGCUUCCGGUAUCGGCAAAUCGUGUGCGAUAGAAUUGUUAAACGAAGGUGCUAAGGUGUCUAUAUGCGAUAUCAACGCAGAGGAAGGUGAAAAAUUGGUCGAAACUUUGUCCUCGGAAUAUGGAAAGGAUCGAGUGAUCUUCUGUCAGUGUGACGUUACAGAUUACUCGCAGUUCGAAGAAUCAUUUCAAACGACGAUCGCGACCUUUGGUCACAUCGAUAUCGUUAUCAACAAUGCUGGAAUCAUGAACGAUCGGUUUUGGGAGCUCGAAGUCGAUAUCAAUGUCAACGGAGUGAUUCGAGGAACUUUGCUUGCCCAGCGAUUUAUGGGCACAGACAGGGGUGGUCAGGGUGGAAUAGUGGUUAAUAUUGGAAGCAACGUCAGCAUCAACCCUUACGCCAGUGUACCGAUUUAUUCUGCAACAAAGGCGGCGAUCGUAAACUUCACCAGAGCAUUUGGGCAUCAAUACCACGUGGAUUUAACCGGUGUAAAGGUGAUGGCAUUGUGCCCAAGCGCAACAGAUAGUAAAUUAUUGGGAGACGUUAGUAAACAGUUGCUCUGGGCUAGAUACGAGGACGCCUGGCGUCGCGACGUCGCCAGUUCAGUUCCUCAAAGAGCAGAACACGUGGCAAAGGCAUUGAUCCAUAUUUUAAACACAGCCAAAAGUGGUAGCGUCUGGUUGGUCGAGAAGGAUCAACCUCCUCGCGAGAUCAAUUUCCCGAAGAAUUACGAUGAUUUAACUAAGCCGACUCUCGAGACUUGUUGCAAAAACGCGAUAGUGAUAGGAGGUUCAGAAGGUUUCGGUUUCGCGGCAGCUGAUCAUUUUUUAUUCAAGGGAGCUCGUAAUGUCAUAAUUGCGGAUGACGAUACCGACGAAGGGUUAAUGGCAGUGCAAAAGUUAUGCGAUUCUUAUGGGAAAGAUCGUGCCCAGUUUCUUCAUUGCGACAUAAGAAACCUCUGUCACUUCGAAGCUGGUUUGAAACAGGCGAUUAAUAAACUUAAAAUUGUUCAUAUUCUAUUUAAUAAUCUUGACAAAGAUAGAUUGCCCACGAAAUGUUUGGAUACGAAAAAGAAUGAGCGACCGAUUAUGAGCAUCGAGGGUAAGAUCGCUCUUGUCACCGGUGGAGCGAACGGGAUCGGGUUCUGCACCGCUAGGAAGCUUCUACGAAAUGGGGCGAAGGCGGUGGCUCUGUUAGACUUGGGAGAUUCCGGUGGCGAAAGCGCAGCUGCCGAAUUGAAUAACGAAUUUGGAAAAGAUCGCGCGAUUUUCGUGAUCUGCGAUGUCUCGAAGAACGAACAAUUGAAAGAAUCAUUCAAGAAAGUUAUCGACACUUAUGAAAACUUAGAUAUUGUUGUAAAUAUUGCUGGAAUUAUGGAUGAUGCUGAUUGGGAGAUUAUGGUUGAUGUUAAUUACAAAGGUGUGGUUCAUGGUACAAUUUUGGGAUUACAUACCAUGGGGAAGUACAAGGGUGGAAACGGUGGAACCAUAGUAAAUAUGUCAUCUGUGGCUGGUCUCGAGGGUAUCCCCAUUGCACCCAUUUAUGGUGGGACCCAGUACGCAAUUGUUGGAUUUACCCAAUCAUUGAAGCAUUAUUACGAAAAAACUGGUAUUCGUAUGCUAACAAUAUGUCCUGGACUCACUACCACAGCAAUGGCUGCAAGAUUCAUGUCGACGAAAGAGCAUGCCAUGGAUCUUCUCGACGAAGAAACUGCGGCUAUCGCGAUGCAGAGUAUGCAGAAACAACCACCGGAACACGUAGCGAGUGCCAUCAUCCAAUUAAUCGAGAAGGGAAAGAAUGGUGCAAUUUUUGUCAGCGAGAACAAUUUACCCCCUUAUGCCAUUGAAUUUCCUAGUUAUACCACUCUGAAAGUCCCUAUAGAAUCAUCGCCAAAUUAGACUAUAUUCCACUAACAGAAGCUGCUAUUUAAUCAGCUAAUCGUUAAUUUAAUAUUUCACCUUCGUGAAUAUAAUACUUGUUCAAGAACGUAAUAAUACCAACGAUCUUUAUGGUUUAUUGAAAGUGUUCAUUACAAACAAUCUUGUCUCGUCCCAUUUUAAUUUAAAACAAUAGUCAAUUGUAUGCCAGACCUUGCUAUACUCGCUUGAACAUUAAAGCAUUAAUUAUAUACGUCUAAUUACUAGCAGUAAAUCAUGUACAAGAUCACUAUAAUUGUUUUGUUCGAAAAUAAAGAAUAAAAGUAUAAAGUGGAUAAAUGACACGAGACGCUUAAAUUA